UAAGUGUCAAUUACAAAAACACACAAAAUCCAAAUUGAAGACAAAGAAACCCACAUAAUCCAAAUUGAAGACAAAACCCAAAAUUGAAGACAAAACGAACACACCCAAGCGCCGCUUGGAGAAGUGGUACAAUUGGGCUGUGGUUCGCAGAACAGAGCGCCGCCCGGCCUGAAAUCGAAGGCGGCAGAGGUUUCCGCGUCGGAGGUGAAGCAGAUUUGAAUUUAGUUAGGCCUGCAUGCACUAAAGCUUUUGCCCUUCUCCAAUGGAAUCCUGGGGCUCGAAAAGAUUCCAUAAUUUAAAAAAGAGGUCAACGAUACGAAUACAAAGAGCAUCUUUUGCACGCGUCUUGAUCUUAAUUUAUGUGUACUCGAAUUGAAUUGAAAAAAGGAAGCUCGAUUGAAAAAUGGAUUUUUGUUGAGUUGCGAAUGCUGAAUUAUUAUAUAUAUAUAUAAUUGGAUGACAACGAGUACGCAACAAAGAAAAUGGGAAACCCCAAUUCACAUAAGGCCGAAUUCAAGAAUAAACUACACUCACGUCUGUCUCUCUCUCUAUCUUUCUCUCUCUGGAUCGUCUUGUCCAUGUAUUUAUAUAAUUAUAGUAAUAUAGCCGUCUGAAUAUACACACUUACAUAAUUGUAAUUAUGUUUGGGAUUCAGAAUCUUCGAUAUCCUCAAUAAUCUGUUACUCAAAAAUCACCUCUUCCUUGUGUCGUUUUCUUCUCAUGAUUCGCGCCGGCUAAACCCCCUUUUGUAGUAGCAUACCAUAUAUAAACUGUUAGUGAUUGCCCACUGAAAUCACUGAGCUAUCUUCAAUGGCUAUCGACGAGGAGAGUCCGCUCGUUGCUGAAGAACGCCCACCUCAACCGCUCAACCACAGGAGAGAUGUUUACUUACUCUGCUGGGCUUUCCUCCUCAUCUUCUUGGCUUAUGGCGCUGUGCAGAAUUUGGAAUCCACCAUGAACUCUGAAGGAGAUAUGGGCACCAUAUCACUGGGGAUAUUGUAUGUUUCGUUUGCGAUAUUUUCGCUGGUGGCUUCGUUGGUGGUGAAGAAGAUGGGAUCGAAGAAUGCUUUGAUUCUUGGUACAACUGGAUACUGGUUGUUUAUAGCAGCAAAUUUGAAGCCCUCUUGGUAUACUAUGGUACCGGCUUCCCUGUACCUGGGAUUUGCUGCCUCUAUAAUAUGGGUUGGACAGGGGACAUAUCUCACUUCUACUGCUACCAGUCAUGCAAACGAUCACAACUUGCAUGAAGGUACAGUAAUUGGGAAAUUCAAUGGAGAGUUUUGGGCGAUGUUUGCAUGUCAUCAGCUUGUAGGGAACCUUGUCACUCUUGCUUUAUUAAGAGAUGAAGAGGGAGGAACAACCAGUGGCACAACUCUACUUUUAAUUGUAUUUCUCAUUAGCAUGACUUUAGGUACAAUUCUAAUGUGCUUCUUGAGUAAGAGAAAUAGUAAAGAAGAAAAGCUGGAAGGCUCUGUCGACACCUUUUCGUCUUCAGUGGGGUCUUCUUUAACUUCUAUGUUGAAUCUAUUACUCGACAUGCGAAUCCUCUUGGUUAUCCCACUUAUGGCGUAUUCAGGACUACAACAAGCAUUUGUCUGGGCUGAAUACACGAAAGAAAUUGUGAACCCGGUCCUUGGGGAACAAGGUGUUGGUGGUGCUAUGGCUAUAUAUGGAGUUUUUGAUGCAAUUAGUUCGCUUGCAGCUGGUCGGUUUACUUCCGGUCUUUCAUCGAUCACGAUGAUAGUCUCAGGUGGAAUGUUGAUCCAGCUUAUUGUACUGCUUUGGCUUCUGCUGAACUACAGUGCGGCGACUGGGCUACUCGGUACGAUUCUCCCGCUUCUGAUAGGGGCCUUAUGGGGAAUUGGUGAUGGAGUGCUAAACACACAGCUGAGUGCUUUGCUAGGAAUUCUAUUCAAACAUGAUCUGGAAGGAGCUUUUGCGCAGCUGAAGCUGUGGCAAAGCGCGUCAAUUGCUGUGGUGUUUUUCAUAAGCACAUCUAUAUCAUUUCAGGCAAUGCUUGUUAUUAUGCUUGUGGGGCUGUGCCUCUCAAUGGCCGGAUUUCUUUAUCUCACACUCAACGUGGAGAAAGCGUUUGCAGGCGCAGGCGCAGGCCGUGCUUCUUGACUCACUUCCAACAUGCUCGUCAAAUCUAUUGUGUACAUAUAAACGAGCAUGUUGUUGCAGAUCCAUUCCCUUUUUCUUUUUGCCAUUUUGUUUUUCUCUUAUAUUGAGUAAGUGUGGUCUGUAAUUUUGCUUCCAUGAAAUGUAAUUUCUUCAAGAAUAUGGAGUGGGUUCUUCAUUUGUUUGCCGACUGUUAUUUAGGUUAUAUUUGUUCUUACCUUGUCCCA